GUCUAUGUCCUCAGUUGAAGUUUGGGCGGUUGACGGGAAGGUUGUGUGAUUUUGAGUUUUGAUUUGGAUUUUGUUUCGUAGUCUAAUUUCGUUUAUUUUCCUGAUUAUCAAAUAAAAUAGGUACAACUUAUAUUUACUUAGACGCUAGUAGUAAAUACAUAUUUUUGUGAGUGCUGUAAACGUAGUAACUUGACGGCAAAAUGCAAGAAACCGUUACAACCUCGACGGAGCGUAAAUCUUUGUUGUCUUCGUUCCUGGACGUCCUGGAGGCGCAAGGCAAAGCAGCCCAGGCGGAGCGGCAGCUCCAGGAGGAACGCUACAGGCGCCGUACGCAAAGGAUCUACGAAUACCAUGACCGACAACGGCGCGAGGUAGCGGAGCUGCGCCGCUGCCUGGACUAUGUCUCACAGCACGCCCAUGUCCUGGAAACAGUGUUACGUGGAGCAGGCACCACUUCCACUGGUAGUGAUGAGGUCCCAUUGAGUGCUCACUUGGUAAAGCAAGCGGCGGGUCUCCAGCGCUGCAUGGCUCAAUGCGUCGCCAACGCGGCCACUAUACGCUCCGCCCUGGCUUCUACGCACCAGCCUGUUAUGGAUGCCAUGCUUGCCAAAAUGGAAGCAGAGUUGCGGUCGUGGACGGCGUUCCUGCACCGAGCGGUCGACGCCACGUACAACUCCGAGAUCGUCAUAGACAACCUGCACAAUAUGAUCGCGGAGCAGCGUCGCUACGUGCGCGAUGUAACAUCAAGCGGCGUGUUCACGGCGCUAUGCGCGGAGGCGGACGCAGAAGCAAGUGCAAGCGAGACCGCGAGCGCGGGUACGGGCGCGGAAGCGGAAACAGAAGCUGAAGCGGACCGCACGCCACGCUCGCCCCUCGAGCGCCGCCCGCCUUCCUCUUGCAGCACGCCUUUGCACAACUAGCGAGUAACAUGCUUCAUACUAUCAUACUCCACUGUUCCCGUGCCGAACAAAAAUGAUGCAUUAACUCCCGGUCACAAGACACUGCGCUGCAUCGUCGCAACAUCUGUCAAAAACAAUUGAAUAUUUAUGGCCUGAAAUAAGGCCUCCCAAUGCGGCGCACGCUCCGCACGAAUGCGAAGCGUGGACAAACCCAUAAAAGUUGUCUAAACUAGUGUAGAGUGCGCUGCUAUGGAAGCGUUGAUCUUAAAUCUUAAUUUCCGUGCGGUGUGAGUUACCGAAAAACAUUUCCGCCUGUACUCGUAAGCCGCGUAUAGCUGUGAUGGGAUGUAUCUGCUCAAAGCUACAGUAUUGCUAGCCUUGGCGUCUAAAUUAUAUUUUUAUGAUUUUGUAAUCGCCUGACUGUGCUAUAUAUAGCCGGACGUGGCUCCAGUACAAACCGCACUGCCUUAGCGUGUGUUCAUCGCCCAAGUGUUCGUGUUCGUUCGUUGUUCAGAUCUUAUAGAUGUCGUGUUAUAGAAAUAUUGAAUGUUUAGAAGCUUUAUCGUUCGCGCUCGGAGCGGUUGUCGCCAAGCGCGCAGCGACUUUGGGCUCAGCUCCACAGGAACUAACUAAAACUGUAUACAAUUUUGUAUUAAUAACGAUGUUUUCGGUAUGUCUUAUGCGUGACCAAAUGUGGAAGUCACGACACGACACAAAGUUGCAAACGUAUGUUAUUGGCGUAUGUAGAACUAUGCCCUUUACCCAAACAGGUUAUGGAAAGUAUAUCCGGCUCGAAGGACCAAGUACUAACUAAAGUAGAAAGUGUUCGUUUCGUUAAGGAAGUGAAAAUAGGUUGAUAUAAUAUAUCGGUAUAUUUUUGUCUAAUCAACUUCAAAGUUCUGCGUGCUUGGCAUCGAUGGCGCUCAGCGCAUCAAUCAUGAAUCGAAGAAAUUAAACAAUUUUUAAUCUCUAUGAAAUUGUGAAUUGUAAUGUUAUAUAUACGUAAUUUUAAUGUUAUGCUUGUUCCCUAUGAAAUUUAUCAGUUAUUCUAUUGGAAUGUAUGCAUCAAUAUCGUUGUAAUACACGUUUUCGAUACGUUUACAAUAAUCUCGAGCGGGCCGAUCUGAUCGGUAGUGUUCUUUUUGCCUUUUUUGCACGUUUUUUGUGGCAAUAGGUAACCUUUUGACCGCCACGGCUGGUCAAACAAACAAUUUCAUUCAGUCAUUUUUUGCCAAUGAUAUGGAAAAAGUAGACACCCGUGGCGUUUAGAAGGUUAUGUUAAAUACAUAUUUGAGUAUAAGGACAUAUAUAAGCAGUAUUAUUUAUAAAGAUAAAUUUGAUAUAGUUAGAGUUAGAUAUAAUCACGUUAUGUACCAUGGACACAUCUAUUGUGACCAUUUCUGCUUAACAUAAAUAUCAAGUUUGUAUAGCACUAUAGGUAUAUAUUUGUUAUGUAAUAGUAUUGUAAUUGUAUACUAAACAAGUGUUGCCAAAUUUUCCUUAGAUCGGGCUGUGCCCGCGUUCUACCUCCGUCUUUUUUCUUGCAUUUACUUUUAUAUUCUUUAACCCAAUCAAUAAGGAAUGUGGUUUUGACAAAUACUGUAUACUGUACUAAUAUUUGAAACAAAUUAAAAAAAAACUACAUAAGAGACAUCAAGUAAUUCAGAAAUACGAUUCAUCGUCAUCAUAUUCCUCGCGUUGCCCCGGCGUUUUGCUACGGCUUAAUAGCCUGGGGAUCACAUUGCAACGAAUCUCAAUAACAAAUUAAAAAAUGCUACGGCUAUCUCUCAACACUGACUUGCUGAUUGGGUUACUAACAUGAAUAAUAAUAGUAACAUAUUUUUCUACUCAACUAUUGCAAAGUUUUUGGUAAAUUGGGUACGACAGGGACGUAAUGCGGUAGGCACUUUAGACAUUUUAGUUACGUAAUUUUUAGUCGAAUAAUCGCUCGAUACGUCGCGCACUGACUGUAGAUGCUACUUCAGUUGAGGAUCCUCGAAACGGUUUGAAACAUGUCGAUCGAUUAUUUGGCUCAAAAUUACGUGAACACUUCACUCAUUUUAAUCUUUUUAUAUACGAGUUGUACCUCUAGUAUUUAAAUAGUUGCCCGAGAGUAACUGUCCAAGUAUUCUCGCUCAGACUAAUGAGUUGACCCCUAACUAAUUAAUUGCCGCCGCGUUAAAGUCCCUUUUGCCCUGGUCUUGUGUAAGGCGUUUGCCGUCGCCUGUGAUAAUUCAACGAAGCAUAGCAGACGUUAAUUAUAUUUCUAUAUAUUCCAUGUUUUCCGGGACCUAUCGAUUUUCUUGUUAUAGAGCGACUUGUCAAAAAAGCUCAUUUUUCUAAAUACAAUUAAUUAUAUGUGAAAUAGAUCAGAAACGAGCUCGUUUGACAAAACGACUCCUCAGUUACUAGUUUAUAUUAAACUGUGUUCAUUGCUCCAAAAGUCUUAUCGUACCACGUUUAUAAAUCAAUGAACUUUUCUGAACUAUUACAACUGUUAAAAUCCUCCGGGUUUAUAAUAUAAUAUUUAGCUAGUAAGCCUACCUAUAAAGACUUUUGGAGUUUACUGUAUGAGCGGCCGCGGCGCGCGGAAAGGUCGUCAGAUGUCUGUUUGUUUAGCUGAACAAUAGCGAGGUUGUAUCUCGUCUCCAGUGGUCUGUUAGACCAACUGUUCAAAGCUUGUACAGUCAAGGGUAUAACACUUUCUCUCAGUAGGUAUACCUAUUUGAUUGAAUUUAAGAUUGAUGUUUCGCUUGAUUCGUAAAAAUGCGCCAUAGCGGAGGGGAAAUGUAUUAAACAGACAAAAGAAGGCCUAAGCUUAAUUCUAUUUCCGACAACUUUUUAAUAGUUGGAUGCAUAUGUCUUGAUACCCUUGACUGUACAAGUGUACAUAGCGAGUAUGUCUGGAUCCAGGUACCUAUUACGAAGUGUUAAUAACGCGUGCCGCACUCGUAAUUUUACGCAUUUAUUAUUGUAAAACUUUUAAAAUAACUGCCUUUUUAUUAUAUCUUAUUCUAAAUAAUGUUGUUAGUAUAUCGAGAGAACUAGCGUAUGACGUAGCAUGCUGAAUGUAAUGCUGUGUUCACAUCCGCGUUUCGUUAAAUCAAUCUUCGGUGUGAACUCAGCAUAUGGAUAGCUUCUUGUAUUUACUGCCUUAUUCGUUUAAGAUCUGUCUUCGCAAUAUGAAAUAAAAUAUAUUAAGUUAGUUUUGA